ACUUCCUUGUUUUUCUGACUGAUUCUCUCUGCCUGCCUCUCCUCAGACUGACGAUGGCUGAAGCCCAGAUGUUUGUAUCACAGGAUAAGUUCACCUGCUCUGUGUGUCUGGACACCCUGACUGACCCCGUCUCCAUCCCCUGUGGUCAUAAUUUCUGUCUGAAGUGCCUCACAGACUGCUGGGAUCAGAGCCAAGUGUGCAGCUGUCCUCAGUGCAGACACACCUUCACCACAAGGCCUGAGCUGAACAGAAACACUCUGCUGAAUGAAGUCAUCAAGAAGUUAAAGAAGACGAAAAUCAGUCCUCCUUCAUCUCAGAAUUAUGCCGGCCCUGGAGACGUGGAGUGUGACGUCUGCACUGGGAAGAAGUUCAGAGCGGUGAAGUCCUGUCUCACCUGCUUGGCCUCUUUCUGUCCGAAUCACCUGCAGCCUCACUUUAAAGGAGCGGCCUGGAAGAGGCACAAGCUGGUUGAUCCUGAUGGAUAUCUGAAGGAGAAACUCUGUGAGAAACAUCAGAAAAGUCUGGAGAUGUUUUGCAGAACUGAUGAUUCCUGUAUCUGCCUGAUGUGUGCGGUGACUGGACAUAAAAAUCAUGAAAUGGCUGUGCUGGAGACAGAAAGAGAAGAAAAACAGAAACAGCUGGGAGAGACGCUGAGUGAAAUCAGGAGGAGACUUGAGAAGAGAGAGAAGAAACUGAAGGAGAUGAGGAGGACAGUGGAGCAGAUGAAGAUUUCAGUGGAAAGAGAGAUAGAGGAAAACGAGAAGAGCUUCACUACUCUGAUACGGUGCAUUGAGGAAGCCCACAGAAAACUGACUGAGAGGAUCAGAGAACAAGAAAAGAGAGAAACGGAGAAGGCUGAAGGAGUCAUUGAGCGACUAGAGAAGGAGAUUGAGGAGCUGAGGAGGAGAGAAGCUGAGCUGAAGGAACAUUCAGAGACCAAGGACCAUCUCCACUUCCUACAGACUUUCUCAUCUCACUGUGUACUUCCUGCUGAUGGAGACUCGCUGAGUUUCACUGUCACCGCUGAUUUCUCAUCUGAGGACCUGAGAAAGGAGCUGUCAGGUCUGAAAAAGACUGUGGAGAAGAUCAGCCAGGGGGACAUCAUGACAAGGACUCCAUCAGGUUGUGAAGCUCGAAAUUUCACCUUACAGCCUCCUGAACCUCAGAGCAGAGAGGAGUUUUUACAAUACUUCUGUCCCCUCACACUGGACAUCAACACGGCAAACGGACGCCUCCAUCUGUCUGAAGGGAACAAGAAGGUGACACGUGAGUGGACAAAAGCCAAAUAUCCUGAUCAUCCUGACAGAUUUGACUACUGGCCUCAAGUUCUGUGCAGAGAGGCUCUGACUGGGACUCGCUGUUACUGGGAGGUGGAGUGCAGUGGAGACAACGUGCUGAUAGGAGUCGCAUAUAAAGGACUGGGCAGGAAAGGAGAGGGCUGGGAGUGCAGCCUUGGAUACAACGACAAGUCCUGGAGUUUGCUGUGUUCUCAUUCCCAGUACUCUGUGCAUCACAAUAUAAACAAGACUGAAAUCAGCGCCCCCUACAGCCCCACAAUAGGUGUGUAUCUGGACUGGCCUGCUGGCUCUCUGUCAUUUUAUAGCGUUUCACACACAAUGACCCUCCUGCACAGGUUCAACACCUCCUUCACUGAGCCCCUCUAUCCAGGGUUUUGGCUUAGUCUUCACUCCAGUGUAACAAUCAGCCAUCUGACACCAUGUGACCACUGACCAGAACCCUCCACUGGUCACCUGAUGUCCCCACAAGCGCAGGUCCUCUUUGUGUUUGUAGUUUGGGGUGAAAUUAAAUUUACAGGAUGGCUGGGUUUGGGGGGGCAGCACCUCUGUGAGUGAAUUUGUGGAUGAGAAUGAAGGGCGAGUGCGGCUGUCAGGGUCUCCAUUAUUAUUGGGUUUGAGUAGCCAAUCAGGUGUGUCUGUCAUAAUGAUGGGCGGUGACACCUCAGACCUACAAAUACCAGUCUGACCAGCAGGGGUCACUGUUGAUUCACAGCCACAUGUCCUUCAGGCUGACA